AUGACUGCUAUCUCCACCUCCGCCAAAAGCGUGAAACGCUUCGUUAUGGUUGGUCCAGAGGCUCUUAUGUUGAGGGCAGCUGUUCUGCCUGAUACGACGCACGAACAAAUCAAGGCGAUCAACGAUGCCCUGACGACCUAUGUGGACAGUAGGCAGACGUUGGAGUCGGAUAGAUCGGGAGCACAGUGGAGCAGGGUGAAUGAACAUCUGAACAACGUGCACGAUGCCUUGAGAUUUGUUGGAGACGCUACCGUGGUUCAGGGGACGGCCCUUUGGGAAUUGCCUUCGGAUUCAUCGAAGUUGAAGACGGAGACUGCCAACGUUCCGACUGACGUUCCUCUUUCGAACCGACGUAAUUUGCUGGAAGAGAAGAAAGGACGAGAUUCGCCGUCUCCGACCGAGGUCUCGAAGCCAAAAUCUCGAGCAGCUGGAAAAAAAGAGGCCGAGAGGGCAAAGUCGUCGCUUCCUGGACCGUCGCUGAAAGCCUGCUUACCGGCGCCCGAGGAGCCGACUGUGGAUUGGCUGACGGGGACCCGAGACCUCAUUGUUGAUAUGGGGGAGGUAUAUCAGUCCAAGGCCGCCGCUGAGAUUGGGACCGAGCUCUGGUGUCAGCUCGUCUUCUUGAACGUACAUCGGGGUCACUCUCGAACUUUGAACAAGACGAGAGUUUCUAAGAUCGAUAUCUCGGAUUGGGAUUUGAUUCCCGUGGAAGCAGGUGAACCGGCAAAACGAUGCGUGGGAGAGGCCCCGGAUGGGGUGAAGAAGUCUCGCAAACGCAGGCGGGUCUCGGAAUCUCCUGCACCCCCCACUAGGCGACGAAAAGUUGAUUCGGAUGAUGGUGUUGACAAUGGCGGCGACGACGACGACGACGACGAUGAUCCAGUCCUCUGGUCAUCGACACAUCCCUUGACGUCGAGCAAGAUUGUACGUCCCCGACCUCUUCUAAACCUGAGGAAACCUUACGUGGCGAUUCCUAAGAGCAACCUCAAUUUUCUGUCAAAACCGAAGUCCGCUUUCCCCGUGUCCUGGCCAGACGUUGUAAAACCGGGAAAUCCGUUCAACCCAAGUCUUCCGGGUGCUGGAUCAACCAGGGUGCCUGAGACCUCCGUGCCAAGCCAAGAUCCUCCACCCACCACGCCUGAUAGCAGUUUGCAGAAACUAUUGGACGAGUCUCAGAAGCACGAACCCUUGACAUCGGAGAAGUUGGAGUUCGAUGUCGAACCCGAUCCAGAAGAGGUUCAGAAAGUCAUCAAGGGCUUCAAGGAUAUGGAUCUGGAUGGGUAUAAGGUGGAACUCGCGAAGACGAAGGUGGCGUUGGAUCGGGCGUUGAAGAGAAACCAAGUUAUAUUGGAAGGGUUACAGACAUAUGUGAACAGGGACAAAGCCUUGAUAACUACUCUGAGGAGGAAGGAAGUGGCCAAUCACGAUGCCAUGAUGCGUAUUUUGGACGCUUUAUUUUAA